AUGCUCAAGCUCAAGCGGGACCGCGAUGCCGUCGGCAAGGACACGCGCUUCGCCAUUCGCAACCAGGACGUCGACUGGGGCCGCGUGGUCCACUACCUCAAGCGCAGGCCCGAACUGCAGGACACCCUGCGCCUGUCAGCCGCCGCUGGUUCCGAUAAGUCCGUCGUCCAAUGGGAUCGUGUCGUCCAAUAUCUGAGCGAGAGACCGGAUCUGCGGGAGGACCUCGAGGCCGUCGCUCGCCUCGACGUCGUCUGUAGGACGCCCUCGCCCGUCCCGGAGCCGCUCGACCCGGCCCCCGGCCUCCGCUUCGCCGACGAGAUCCUCCGCAUCCUAAGCGGCUUCUUCGACGGCGUCUUCCAGGACAGCGUGUGGUCCGUCGUGGACGGGGCCCUCUGCACCCGCGGCCGGCGCCCCAGCCGCAAGCGUCUCAACAAGUGGUGCGGCGUCAUGGGCGGCGUGUACGAACUCCUGGGCCGCGGCGAGACCGAGGCCGCGACCGCCAUCCUCAAGAACGAAUAUAACUUCAUCAAGUGGAUCGUCCAGAACUCGGACCCGGAGCUCACCUACUUCCUGUGCUACAACGUGCUGCAGCAGCCCCCGCAAGUAUCCGACGUCCUCGUGCCGUACGCUUGCGGCAUGUACGCCACGGUGCUCGGGGAGCGACACCCCCUGACGCUGAUUUGGCGGCGCAUUAGAGCAGCCGGCGUGGCAGACCGUGUCGGCAUCCUGAGCGCUAUGGUUCGGUACACUUCGAUGUACCUAGAGACGAGGCUGGACGUGCUAAACGUCACGAUGAACUGGAUCCAUGGGCUUCAGGGCCAGCUGCUAGAGGCGCUUGGAGAGACAGGAGGUAAUGACUUCCUGCGCAUAGUAUCGAUGUACACGCGGGCCGCCAGGGAGUACGCGGACGUGGGACGCCUCAAGGACGAAUGUAAAUGCCUCUUCGCGCUGGUCGGGCUCCAUAGCACAGCGAAGAGGUACGACCUGGCGAUGCAGACGCUGGGGCGGGCUCACGGGGUCGUCGAGGAGGUGCGCCGCAGCCACCCGGCCGCCGAACAGCUGAUGCAGAUGUGGACAUACGGCGAGAUGGGCCAGCUGAGCUACAGCGUGAUGAGUGCCGGCAGGUACAAGAAGAAAAAGAAUUACGUGCGGGAGCACGCGUACGCCAUGGAGAGGUACGGGGAGAACAGCAAAGAAGCGUUAUCGCACAUGCUGGAGGUUUUUAGUGCGCUGCCUUGUCGGCUGUGA